AGGCUAUUAAUUAUUAACAAAAAAUUGAAAUUGAGCGGGAUUUUAAUUCAUUAAAAAGGAAAUAAAAUAUCCCGCCGCGGCAUUUAUUCAAUAAGAAUAUUACACACAAGAGAAUCAGAAAAUAAGUUUAUCAAAAUUACACAAGCCAGUGGAAGAGAAAUAACUACUUAAAAUAAAAGUAAACCAAAAUAAUAAUAAUUAAAUUUUAUUAAUUUAAAUAAGAACUACGUAACUGCUUAAAGUUGAAUCGCGCGGCCGGAGCUAUUGGUUAAAAAGUGCAAGUUUUAAAAAUGUCGACAAGGUCUAAGCGUUCUAGUACGGCCACGCCCCAGCCCCAACCUGGUAGUACAUCUACACCAGUUGUUUCAGGUACUAAUCGACCAUCGAGUCCAUUAAGUCCAACUCGCCAUUCGCGUUUGCAAGAGAAAGCCGAAUUGCAAAAUCUGAAUGACCGUUUAGCUUGUUACAUCGAUCGCGUCCGCAACCUCGAAACCGAAAAUGCGCGCCUGUCUAUUGAAGUGCAAACAUCCAGGGAGACAGUCUCCCGCGAGGCAACUAACAUCAAGUCUAUUUAUGAGAAUGAAUUGUGUGAUGCGCGCCGGUUGCUCGACGACACCGCACGUGAAAAAGCCAAGUUGGAAAUUGACCUCAAGCGUCUUUGGGAAGAAAACGAAGAGUUAAAAGCUAAACUUGACCGUAAAAGCAAGGAAUGCGCUGUAUCUGAAGCCAACGCUCGCAAGUAUGAGACGCGUGCUUCCGAUUUAAAUUCCAAAUAUAUUGCAGCCAACGCUGAACGCAAACGUGCGAUUGAUGAUUUAAAUGAGUUACAAAAAGAAGUGGAUCGUUUAACUCUUAUAUUGGAUGAUUCACGUAAAAAUUUGGAAGAAGAGACUCUAGCACGUGUUGAUUUGGAGAAUAGUGUGCAGAGUUUACGUGAAGAAUUGACAUUCAAAGAUCAAGUUCAUUCACAGGAAAUUAAUGAGACUCGCUCUCGUCGUCAAGUUGAAAUCAGUGAGAUUGAUGGUCGUCUUUGUGAGCAAUACGAAGUUAGAUUGCAGCAAUCUCUGCAAGAACUUCGAGAGCAAUAUGAAGCGCAAAUGCGUGGUAAUCGCGAUGAAAUUGAAGCUCUUUAUGACACCAAAAUGAAGAACUUACAAGCAUCGGCAAAUCGUAAUGCUAGUACUGCUGCUAAUGCUAUUGAGGAAAUACGGACUGUACGUACACGCAUUGAUGGUCUCAAUGCACGUAUCAAUGAUUUGGAGUCAACUAAUACAGCAUUGAACAGUCGCAUACGUGAGUUAGAGCAGUUAUUGGACACUGAACGUGCAGCAUAUGGUGCAGAAAUAAACAAUCUGGAAACGGAGUUGCAACGUUUACGUGAUGAAAUGGCAUUGCAAUUGCAAGAAUACCAAGAUUUAAUGGAUAUUAAGGUUUCACUGGAUUUGGAAAUUGCUGCAUAUGAUAAAUUGUUAUGUGGUGAAGAGUCACGUCUCAAUAUUACCCCAAUGCCACAAACCGCCACAGCUAGUUCAUUUAGCCAAAGUCUGCGUUCAAGUCGUGCUUCUCCAUCACGUAAAACACCUUCACGUGGUUCAACAACAUCGGGAGCAUUCAAACGUAAGCGUACGGUUGUAGAUGAAGCAGAAGACAUUAGUCAAUCUGAGUACUAUUCUACUGGUUCUACUAAAGGAGAUAUAACUAUUGUUGAAGUUGAUCCAGAAGGAAAAUAUGUGAAGCUACAUAACAAAGGUAAUAAAGAAAUACAAAUUGGUGGCUGGCAAUUGCUACGUGUAGCCGGUAGCAAGGAAACCAGUUUCAAAUUUCAUCGUAGCGUGAAAAUUGAUGCUGGCGCCAAUGUUGUUGUUUGGUCAUCAGAAUCGGGUGUUACACAUGAUCCACCUAGCAAUAUUGUCAUGAAGACGCAAAAAUGGUUUGUGGGUGAUAACAUGAAAACUGUGCUUUUAAACAACGAAGGUGAAGAAGUUGCUUCUACUGAAAGGCUUAAACGUUCGGUAAUGAAACACUCGUCACGUCAUCGUGGUACAAUCGGACGCUUUACUACUUCUGCAGUAGAUGGAACCGGCCGUGAGCAUAUUUAUCAUCAAGUUGGUCAAACUGAGCAGCAAGGCGAAGAAAAAUGUCGCCUUAUGUAAACUUUAUAGCUCAAAGUUUUUUAAUUAAACUAAACUAAACUAAUUUUAUAAAUUAAAUAAUAAUUUCUACAUAAUUUAGCCAUUUAAUGCCACGUCCCCACCUGUGAGCAAUUCCAUUUUCAUAAUAUAUUUUUCUUAAUUUAAGUUUUAAGCACAUUUUAUAUAACAGUAGCUUCUUUUAAUUAUUCAAUACGACCUACAUCUUUUGACAAUACAUUUUUUUUUCUACAAUUGUUAUAAAUUAUCUUAAGAAACUUUAGAACUUGAAUGAUUUGAAAACUUGUAAAAAAUUCAAUUCGUAUACUCUAUGUACAAAAAAAUAUUAAAUCCGUAUUAUGAAUCAAUGUAAGAAAUAACUGUAUUUUAAGAGAAACAUUUCAGAUACAAUGUUUAAUCAACUCUUCAUUAAAAAUAAUAGAAAAUAGAAUAAAAUCAUUUCAUAUUUUAUUUUUAUUUAUAUUAUUAUUAUUUUAAUGAAAAACUGAUUAAUUGAUAGUAAAUAUUUUAAGUCUUGUUCGUAUAAGAAAGAACUUUAAGCAGAUAAAUUACACAAAUCUUAUAAGCCUAGCUAAAGCUAAGAAAAAAA